AUGGCGCUGCUCCUCCCGCACCCUCAACUGGCGCUACCAUCGGCUCUGCUGCACGCGGUCGUGGCGCCGCCGCGAACGCUUGUUGCUCCAUCCGUGAGCUCCGGUGCCGUUGCCCCUGCUCGGUUACUCCGUCAGCCUGCUGGAUUCGGCCGAGCGAAAACCAGACCCCAACUCCGCGCCGGCUCCGCCCGCAUCGCGCCGCUCGCGCGGCUGCGCACCUGCUGCGGCUGCGCCACGCUGCUCGGCCUCUGCACGACGCUCCGCCGCUGCGGGUCGUCUCCAAUCCCCCCCACGCCGCGCAUCGGCUCCGCCCGGUCGUUCCUCGCACCUCGGCUCCGCCUCCACGAGCUGCUCCAGGCCCGGCCCUGCCCCCCGCCUCCGACCUCCUCCCGCGAGGCCGACUCCCUCAUGCCGCCUCCUCGCAGUCUCGCAGCCGGCGACCUCAAUAGCAAUGGCAAAUCAGCGCCACGCGCGUCCUCCGCCGGGUCCCUAUGGCCCUCGUCCACGCCCGCCUCCUGUGCGCCGACUGCGACCACCCGGCUGGCCUGGCCGACUGGUCUCCUGCGUCGCCUCAAGCUCGCGCGCCGGCGGGCUCCCCGCGUACUGCUCCAGCCUCGGGCCCUCCUCAUCUGCGCCCGUAGAGCCGGCCCCAGCCUCCCGCGCCGCCUCCUCCACUCCGCGACCACCUGCGAUGUCCGCGCAUUCGCCCGCGUCGGCUUCGCGACGCUGCCCCAGGCUCCGCCUCGCCUCGCCUCCGACGGCGCAUCGCGCGCGCACCCGCGCGCCGGCUGCAGCCCCAGCCCGGCCCUGCCGACUGCACCCACGCCGGGCUCCCUCCCGCGCCGCCUGCCGGCCAUGUCGCCCGGCCGCCUACUGGCUCUACGCCGACUUCCGCCCGCGUGCCGGCUGGCCAAGGCCGGCUCCGGCCCCUACGCGUGCCCCCGUGGCCUCGACCGCCUGCGCCUGCCGGCCUCCACCCCCUGCUCUCUCGCCCGCAAGCCGGCUCCCCAGCCGGGUCCGCCUCCGCGCGCCACGCCCGCCGGGUGCGCCCGUGGCCGCCUGCUCCGCCGCCGGCUGCCGGCUCCCUCCCGCGUCGCCCCGGCUCUGUCCGCACGGCCGACUUCGCCAGCGCCCGGCCGCCCGGUCGGCGCGCCCCUCUGCUCCGCCCUGGCCGCAUCCCGGCCCCGGGUGGCCGACUCCCCGCUUGGCCGCCUCUGCAUGCGGCCGCCUGCCGCCCGCCUUGGCUCGGCACCCCGCCGGCUGCUCCGUGCAGAUAGGGCCGCCUGCCCAAUGGUACUCACAGAGAAGAACAACAUGUUGUCUCUUGAGUUGGAAAAGUGCCAAACUCAGCUAGCUGUUGUUACCGCCAAACUGGAAAAGUCCAAGGAGGCACCGCCUGUAUCAGUAGAUCAACUGCAAGAGGAACUGAAGGUCGCGCAGGCGGGUAAACAACAGGCCGAAAGGCAACUGGCCGCAGGCGAACGUGUAUUGACACAGGUCAGGGAUGAUAAAAACAAGUUGCAGGAUUCCAACACCCUGCUCGGCGAAGAGCUAAAAGAUGUACGAGCCCAGCUAGCGGACGCCGUAAAGGGAAAUAGGAGGCUACAAGGCGGCAUAUUCAGUAUGCUGACUGGCCGUCCCGAAGAGGAAGUGUCCGGAUCUCAAGGCGAUCUGCUGCAAGAGCUGUCCCAAGUGCACGAGUGGGCUCGGAAAGCAAUGCGGAGUGUUGCCAAGGCUUUAUGGCCAUCCGUCUCGCCUCCAGGAAGCAUGGGGGAGCUUGUGAAGCUAUUCUAG